CCCGGCUUCCCCAUCGUUUCCCUUUCCUUUCCCUCCCCUCAUCAUCCUCACCUUUCCAAUCUACCUUCAUCUACCUCCGACGUUUUCGUCAUCUCCAUCCACACAUAAUUCACAAUGUCUGCCCCUGCUGCUUUCUCUGACAUCGCCAAGGCGGCCAACGAUCUCCUGAACAAGGAUUUCUACCAUAACAGCGCCGCCAACCUUGAGGUUAAGUCCAAGGCUCCCAAUGGCGUCACCUUCAACGUGAAGGGCAAGUCCGCCCACGAGGGUCCCAUUGCUGGCUCCCUCGAGGCCAAGUACGUCGACAAGCCCACUGGCCUUACCCUCACUCAGGCUUGGACCACCGCCAACGCCCUCGACACCAAGCUCGAGCUUGACAACAACAUCGCCAAGGGCCUUAAGGCUGAGAUCCUGACCCAGUACCUCCCCGCCAAGCAGUCCAAGGGUGCCAAGCUCAACCUGUACUUCAAGCAGCCCAACCUGCACGCUCGUGCUUUCUUCGACCUGCUCAACGGCCCCUCCGCCAACUUCGACGCUGUCCUCGGUCACGAGGGUUUCCUCGUCGGUGCUGAGGGUGGCUACGACGUCCAGAAGGCCGCCAUCACCAAGUACUCCGCUGCCGUCGGAUACAGCGUUCCCCAGUACUCUGCUGCCAUCACCGCUGGCAGCAACCUGACCGUCUUCUCGGCCAGCUACUACCACCGCGUCAACGCCCAGGUUGAGGCUGGUGCUAAGGCCACUUGGGACUCCAAGGCCGGCAACUCCGUUGGCCUUGAGGUUGCCAGCAAGUACAGACUUGACCCCUCUUCCUUCGCCAAGGCCAAGAUCAACGACCGUGGUGUUGCCGCUCUGGCCUACAACGUUCUCCUCCGCCCUGGUGUCACCCUCGGCCUUGGUGCUUCUUUCGAUACCCAGAACCUGAACCAGGCUGCCCACAAGGUUGGCGCCAGCUUCACCUUCGAGGCUUAGACGAGUUCUCCUUCUCAGCACCCGCCCAUGCCUAGUCCUUUGUUCUCCUGUGCAGCUGCGUAGAUUAAUAUGUGGAAGCCAUGAAGGUAGACCUAUAUUGGUUCCGGGUUGUCUCUAGACGGACUUGGUAUACACGGGAUAGGAGUUGGGAGUGGGCGCGGGUCUGUUAUAUGGAUGUCUAGUUAAUAAUCAUGUAUCACACCCUCCAACGAUAGUGUAUAUCAAUCAAGCCAACAUUUUCUUUGUUCAGGG